AUGCCGAAGCAGCACACCUUGUUCGGCCGGCCGGUCCGACUCUCGCCGCGCCGUAUAUCCUUGCUGCUCGUCGGUCUCGGCCUCUUCGCCUUCUUCACCUUGUUCAUCACGCUGCCCAGCUCCAUACCUCAGGGCCCGAGCCUGUCCAAGACGCUCGCCGACCACAAGAUCCCAGUGCCCAAAGUCCCGAAGAUUCACAACCCGUUCUCGUCGAGCAUCCUCAACCCCUUCAGACCGGCAGUCCAUGCGCCUCCCGAGCAGAAGAACUCGACAUACGGUGGAAGCUCGUGGUACGCAAACUGGAACUGGCGCAGCCCGUUCUCUUCUUCCGUGACGCUCGAUGAGAACCGGUCACUGUUGCCUCCCUUGAAAGACCGGCCGCCGAUCUAUUGCUACUAUGACACCACGGUUCAACGGGAAAAGGCAACCCAGGAGGCCGAGAGCGACCUGCUGCUGACAUGGAGACGUGCCUGGUGGGCGCAGGGUUUCAAACCCAUCAUUCUCAGUGCCCCUGAGGCUAUCAACAACCCGCUCUACGAUGAGCUGCAGAGGCUGAAUCUGGAGCCGACCUUCAAGACGGACAUGAUGCGCUGGCUGGCAUGGGAAAACAUGGGAGGCGGGCUUCUUGCGCACCAUCUGCUCUUUCCAAUGGCUCCCCGCGACGACGCCGUCCUCUCCUACCUUCGAAGAGGUGAAUAUCCCGUCUUGUCUCGGUGGGAGGGCAUGGAUAAUGCCUUGUUUGCCGGAACCAAGACCGCCAUCACCGAAGCCGUUACGAAAGCACUUCGGCAUCCGGAGCGGAAGGAUGCAAAGGACUUCAUCUCGGCUGUUUCUGCCGACACCUUCCUGGUUGAUCCCAAGCACGAGGGCCUCGCUUCCUACGACCCUAGGACUAUCGAGACAAAGUUCGCCAAGGUCGGUGAGCAAUUGGGCGCCAACCGUGCCACGGGUCUUCAGAGCUUGAACUAUUUGAUCAAUGCUCAUCUGCACCUGUCAUGGUUGGGCUCAUUCCCAAAGGGCAUCGCCGUCGUGAAGCCUCUACCUGAGCACACGACUACUAUGGUCCAGCCCGCCUUGGACCUUGCUACAUGGCUGACUUCGUGUCCUGACACCCCCAUGCCAGCGACGUGUCCACCGAAUCUUCCCAAAUGCUCACCAUGUGUGGCAACUCAUCCGAUGAAGAUAUCAACCCCCGCUCGUUACCGAAACACGACUGGCUUAUAUACUAUUGGCACCGUGCCUCACCCCUACACUUUUGCGGCUCUCAAUACCCUGAAGAGCGAUAUUGACAUCCCCUGGGUUCGCCGGAAGAUGAACCGUGACUUGUGGCUGGCGGAACUCACUAAGGAGCACCUCGGCACCGGCGUAUCGGGAAGCGCCAGAGUUAUCACCUUCAAAGAGGCCGUAGCUGGUGACUGGGCAACGGCUCACUCGAUCUGGCUGACUGCAGAGCGAGAAACACUCCCCCACGACCUGGACUGGUAUUUUGGCUUCGCCAUCCCCGUAAACGCGACGGACAGUGGAAAGUCGGAAACACCUGUUCCAGGCCCUGAACGUCGGCCGAAGCCUUACCAUGAUCCUGGUGAUGGCCCUCUCCCUACAGCUGAGGACCUGAUGCUAGAGCCUGAGCUGAUGCAGAAGGCACGGGACAUUGGCAAGAGCAAGGAGAAGAAGGACAUCGACGUCCGCAACGCCAUUGAGGCAUGGAACCUGGCCGACGUCGAAGCCUGGAAGUUCGCGCGCGCCUUCCUGGCACGUUCCCGCGUGGAGCGGUUGAAGUGGGAGGAGGAGGAACGAAAAUACGCUGGUGGCGCUGGCAGCGACAAGGAGGACAAGCGCAGUGGCGGCUGGAGCAGGUGGACAGAGUAA